GUAACAAACAACUCAUUAUAAGGCUUAUCAAUCUUUUCCACACAAUCAAUCUCUCCUUAUUUCAGCAUAGUUCGAGUGUUCAACUAAUCAACUAAUUGAAGCAUCAAAGGGAUCUUCGAUCUGGAGCCACAACAAGAUUCUUUAAAGCUUCCUUUUGCCCAUGUUGAAAGUCUAAAGAAGACGAGAACCCGACUGGAUACAGCUUCCCUUUGUCUCCUGCAACUAACCAAUAACUAGGCAUCUCUUUCCUUGGGAUAAUCAAAGAACAAAACCUCUUGCAACAUCUAUCUCGAUCGGCAUCGCACGAGGGAACUGAAAAAGGAAAAAAAAACAAAAGGAUAUAUAAAUGCAUAUGGCUUCCUCUAGCUAUUCUGGUUCCCCUUGUGCUGCCUGCAAGUUCUUAAGGCGAAAAUGCCUGCCCGAUUGCAUUUUCGCGCCGUAUUUCCCUCCCGAGGAGCCCCAAAAGUUCGCCAAUGUUCACAAGAUCUUUGGUGCAAGCAAUGUGAGCAAACUUCUCAAUGAAAUUCGCCCGGAUCAGAGGGAGGAUGCGGUGAACUCGCUUGCCUAUGAGGCCGAGGCGAGAAUAAAAGACCCUGUCUAUGGCUGCGUCGGGGCGAUCUCGGUCCUCCAAAGGCAAGUCUUUAGGCUACAGAAGGAGUUGGAGGCCACAAAUGCUGAUCUCAUAAGGUUCACUUGCAACGAAACCUCGGGGGGGCUGCCUGCGUUCCCUGGGACCGGACCGGGCGGGUUUGUGAACCAAAUGGCACCUGGCAGGCAAAGGUAUGUGCAGUUUGGGAGAGGGAUGGAUCAUGAAGGGGAGUCCAAUUUUGAUCAUCAGGGUUCUAGUUUGGGUUUUCCUGGUUAUCCUUCUCACUGGACUGAUAGCACUUCAGGAGAUGGUCAUGAGAGUGGAGGCUAGGAGAAAAUAAGUAGCUUAUGGUGUGUAUAUGCUAAUGCCAAAUGAGCAUUGCUUAGUGUUUUUAGAAGAAGAGUAGAAGAAACAUUAGUGGUGGUUAUCACUCUUGAAUUGGUGAGGUGAAGGAUAAUUAGCUACCUUGCUAGUCUGUGUGCUCUCUCCUGCAUGGUGUGUGGUGUGGUUUGGUGUAGUUUGCUACUUUGUAGUUUGCUAAUUGUUUGUCAAUUAAUGAAAGUUUCUAUAUAGCAUAUAUUUGGUAC